AUGUCUUUCAUUUCUCGUUUGCCAGAGUCCACAACCCGGCUCUUAGGCUCGUCUUUAGUCAUCACGACGCCAACUACUCUAGUCAAAGAACUCAUUGAUAACUCAAUAGACGCAAAAGCAUCCUCGAUUGAAGUCAUAGUAUCUACAGAUACAGUCAAAAAGAUCGAGGUUCGAGACAAUGGUAAUGGUAUUCAUCCGGAUGAUUAUGACGCUUUAGGCAGACGUGGUCACACAAGCAAACUCAGAAGCUUCGAAGAAUUGAAGACUCAAUCUGUCAAGACACUUGGGUUUCGUGGGGAAGCAUUGGCAAGCGCAAAUUCAUUGGCUCAAGUCACAGUUACCACCAAGAUUGCCUCAGAGCCUAUUGCAGCUAUUCUUCAUAUCAUACCAAACAAGGGAGGUGUAUCUAAGCAGCAACCCACGUCCGCGCCAAUUGGAACAACAGUAAGUAUCACAAAUUUGUUCGGCAAACUACCGGUUCGUGAACAAGUGGCUAUUAAGGAGUCCUCGAAAACAAUCGACAAGAUUCGCGAAGUUCUUCGCUCUUAUGCUAUGGCAAGACCUCAACUUCGGCUCUCAUUAAAAGUCUUGCAGUCACCAAAGCAAAAUUGGUCUUACUCCCCGAAAUCAGACGCAUGUGUGAAGGAAGCAGCGAUACAACUAUUCGGGGCAGAUAUUACGACCAAUUGUUUUAAGAAGACGUUUGAGAUAAACGAACUUCCGUAUGAGAGCAGCGGUUCGAACGAUCAUAAUCCUAUGUCGAAAGGGAAGUAUAUGUACGAAGCAUUCAUUUUAAAGCCGAAUUGUGACCCUUCAAAAGCGCCAAAGCUUCGGUAUUUCUCUGUUGACGGUCGGCCUAUCACAGGUAAGAGAGGAACCAUGAAGAAGUUGUUAAGCAUCUACAUUGAGCAGAUAAAUACUGCUUUUCGACACAGUUCGUCGGCUACUAUUCUCAAGGACUGCUUUAUUAGCCUGAACAUCAGAUGUCCUCUAGGAAGCUAUGAUGCAAAUAUUGAGCCAUCUAAAGACGAUGUUUUGUUCUCAGACGAAAAUAUAGUGCUUGACGGGUUCAAGGACUUAUGCAAGGAAGUAUAUGAGAUAUCUACGAUCAGCAAUUCGGUUGAAAAUAGCUCUUCAUCAGACAUCAUACACGCUCCAGGAACCCAGGAAUCAUCAUUAAUCGAGCCACAAGCACAGUCCGAUUCUCGAGGAAUUAGUAUAGGAAAUUCUCAAUGGAAGACGAGAGGCCACAUCAUAUCACAACCGAAAUCUACACCGCAAUCUCAACAAGACGAAUCAAUCAUAGCUCAUCAUCCUCCACAUACCCACUUGAAAGAAAUUCUGCAAGUAUCAGGUCCUACGAAUACCGGCUUCACACCCAUCAACGCACCAAUAUUGACCACUCAGAACGGCCCCAUAUCUACGGGAGCACCAAGCUUCAAGGAUAUAUCGCCAAAUGCCGGAUAUACUCAAUGUAGAGCUGACAUGUCCACAGAUUUCAAUGAAUAUAGCCAUAAAUGUUCUCGUAAGAAACGACCACGACCUUCCCAACCACACGAAGACGAAGCUAGUACUGUCGAAUACUCGAUCCCGCAAGAUGUGAAUCCAUGGGUUAUUGCUAAGAUGAACACACCUACUAGGAGUAAGGAACGAGCUGUUGGGGAUUCGGUGCAUGAGAAUAGCUCAUUGCUACCAGUAUUCGGAUUAUCAAUGACUCCCGACCCCCCUAUCCUUCGCCACGCAGGAGCAGCACCUCGGGAUCUUGAUGUCCCACCAAGCCAGCAAUACUUGAAUUCACAAGAAACCCCUCGUCAAUUACGCCCUAGGGUACCAGGUGGUCCGUAUCGCAGCCCAAUGUCAAGUCCACCUGAGAUAACUUCACAAAAAGCAAUGAAGAGCGCCAAGAUACCCGCUUCUCUUAUAAGCCGGCGUCAUCAUGCUUAUACACCAUGGUCACCACCUUCAUCCGCGGAGAGAAUAGUAUCUAAAAGUGAUCUCUUAAUUGGAAAUGAACAAGGGCGAGUCUUAGAUGGCAUGAAACAAACUGAAAUAUCCUUCAGAAGUGCCGGAGGGAAAUCUCAGAAUCGACGACUCAGGAAGGAUAGUGGUGAGUUGGAUCAUCAAAACAUUCAAGAUGGUGAAAAUGAUGGUGAAAAUGGCCUUCAAGAGAUGUUAGAAGCAGCAAAACGAAGUCUCAAUCAUCAACUUUCCCAGGAAAAUGGUAAUUACAAAUCCGACCAGAAGUCACACAAGACUUCCGUACGCCCAAAAGUUGGCGUACAACGUCAACCAAUCACCCAGAUAAGUAUCGAUCAAGAACAAGGAAGCAGUUCGAAAAUAAAGGAACCUACCAAAACGACACUAUCUAAUGAUGAUCCCAGAGCGUAUUUAUUGCGCCGGCAGAAGUCAAUGGCUACGCAAGAAAAAAGCGCAAUUCCGAAGAAACACAUGCGGAUCAAAAGCUCACUCUUGCCUCUAGAGAAUGUUCCGCCAGAUGACCAGAUGCACUUUACUGUUUUGGUUGAGGUGUCGAAUGUCACAACUUUGCGCACAGCUAUGAAGGGGUGCGCGGCUUAUGAUAACUACGUGGAAAGGGGGGCUAUUAAGAAUGGCCUUGAGAUGGAUCUUGACACGGGCCGCAAGGUUGAAAAACGCUUGAAAUCGCUACUUCAGGAGCAAUGCGGUAUGCCUGAUAGCAAGAACGCCGAGCUUGAGUUUGGCCUCUGUUCUUUACUAAAAGGCAAAGGCACCAUAGUCGCAUGAGGCAACCUGACUUUAGUGUCUGCUGUGUUAUGCAAAUGUCAUUGUAAUCUGUUAAUCACUUCUUGCUGAAGGAAGAGAAUUUGGAAGAAUCGAGCUACCACCAGCUUUAGCUAUUUGAUGAGUUACAGCACAGGGUGCUUCCAUAGCUGCUAUAUAGACGG